UAGAGAGCUAACACAACCACACCCACCGAGAAUGAGAGAGAAUAUCAAAAUAACAUGGCUAAGUUAGAGGUCAUCAUCAUCAUCCCUUCCCCACCCCUCACCAGUCACCUCUCUCUUACCUUCUUCCACCCCUUCCCCAUAACAUCCAAACAUCAUCCACACCUGAUUUUCUGUCUGCGUGAUACAAGAAAUUAAACUGUCCGUGCCCUUAGCCUCCUUAUUAGCUCCCCUAUAUAUCUUGGUCUUGAUAAAACACUCUUUCUUGUUGGGUUAUUAACAGAAAAGCCAGGUUUCAGAAAGAAGAAGAAAAAACAAGGUCCGGGUAAACACCAAAGUGAAUAAAGAUUGGGUCUUUUUGUGCAGAAAAAGGUAAUAUCGAUUCUUGAUUGAUGUUAUCUUAAUUAAUUCCUUUUUGUAUGAAGAAGUCAAGUCUUUCUCGUACGGACGCCUAGUUCCAGACCAAGAAAAGCAGAGAGAAUAAUAAAUAAAUAAUCAUAGAAGCUAGCUAGAUAAGCUUCGAUUCAUCAGUUCCUCUAUAUAUAAACACAAGACUAUGUCUUUUUGUAUGGCCGGGCAAGGGGAAGAGAAACCACGGCGGCCGCCGCCGCCGCCGACGAUGGUCACAACGACAGGAUAUUGGUACUCCGAUCCUUCUUCAGGAAACAUGAUGAAUCUGCACAUGCCACAGCAAAGCUGCUAUGAACAGAACAAUCAUCAUCAUGAUCAAGAACAUCCAGAGAUCUGCUAUAAUACAGGGAUGGAGAUGAUGGGGUGGAAGGGGUUCUUGAACAAGGCGGGGGGUUCUUCCAAGACUCCCGGAAUACCCGCCGGCGGCGACCAGUUCUAUCACAGUCAAGAUUACAGCACAUGGGUUGACCCGCAGCACGAUGCGGAAACGUCGUCGUCUCUGAGGUGCGUGUUCCCAUGUGAAGGGAACGAGAGACCAAGUCAAGGGCUCUCACUCUCCCUCAGCUCCUCAAACCCUUCUGCUAUUGGGUUACAGUCCUUCGAACUAAGGGCAAACCCCCAUCCUGUGGGGCUGGGGACAGAGUUCUUGGGGAAGCCCGCGGCGAAUCUGAACCGUCCAUCAAUCCCAUCAUCGUCAGGGGAGGGUAGUGGGUAUUUUCUGCAGAUCAGAAACUCAAAGUAUCUGGGCGCUGCUCAGGAGCUCUUAAAUGAAUUCUGCAGCCUUGGGACUUCCGAAAGCAGCAACCUUAAUACUCAUUUAAGGAUGAAGAAGAAGACCAACCACCACCGCCAAUGGGAGGACGACGGCUGUACGACCACCGCCCACGAAUCUCGCGCUGCUCGUUCUUCCGACAGAAACCCUUCGUUUGACUCCGUUGACCUUGUUGAAUUGCACAAAACCAAAACUAAGCUUCUUCAAAUGCUCCAAGAGGUUGAUAGACGAUACCAGCAGUAUUGCGAAGAAAUGAAAGCCGUCGUGUCGUCGUUGGAGGCGGUGGCCGGUGACGGGGCGGCAAAAGGAUACACCGCCUUAGCGGCCAAGGCGAUGUCGAGGCACUUUAGAUGCCUCAGAGAUGGAAUCGUGACCCAGUUGAAGGCGAUCAAGAAGGCCAUGGGCGAAAAGGACUCUGCCGCCGCGGCUACGGCGGCCGCCGGCACGACCAAGGGAGAGACGCCGAGGCUGAAAAUCCUGGAUCAAGCACUCCGGCAGCAAAGGUCCUUUCAGCAGAUGAGCAUGAUGGAGGCUCAUCCAUGGCGGCCCCAACGUGGCUUGCCGGAAAGAUCUGUUUCCGUUCUCCGAGCUUGGCUUUUCGAGCACUUCCUUCACCCGUACCCAAGUGAUGUGGAUAAACAUAUUUUAGCCCGCCAAACAGGUCUCUCCAGAAGCCAGGUUUCUAAUUGGUUCAUCAAUGCAAGGGUGAGGCUAUGGAAACCCAUGGUUGAGGAGAUGUAUCUAGAAGAAACCAAAGAAGAAGAGAAUCUUGUUCCCGCCAUUUCAUCGGAUGACUACAUCGGAGAUUCCGACGGCCGCCUGCUUCAUCCGCAUCACAACACUAACGCGGCGGCCGACGCGGAGGAUCACAAGCCCAACCUCGUACGUAUAGAUAUCUCCUCCGUCGUCAAUAACAACCCUAAUGACGUCACCUUCAAUAACGACAACAACAAGGCUGACGGUCAACGACGACCAAACAGCCAGGAUCGUCAUCAGAUCUUUGGAACGAGAGGUGGGGACCACCGCUCAUUUUUCGGGCCGGGUUUGGUCGAGGACUUCUCAUCCUCACCCUACGCCGCCGCCCACGACUCCGGCGGCGGCGCUUUUGACUAUGCGGUGGCGGGCGUCGGCGGAGGCGUGUCGUUGACUUUGGGGUUGCAACAGCAGGGUGGGGGCGGGAUGAGUUUGGACGGGCCUUCUUCAUCACUCUUCUACCCUAGAGACCAAAUUGAGGAUUGCCAAACAGGCCCUUAUCCGCUUUUGGACAACGAAGGUCAGAAUUUGCCAUACAGGAACCUGAUUGGUGCACAGUUGCUUCACGAUUUGGCGGGUUAAAUUAAUUAGAGAUCAAGAGUCUAAUGAACAAAAUUUAUUAAUCAAAAGAUACGGGAAAAUAUUAAACAAGUUGAUUAUUUGUAUUGAACUUUUGUAUCAGCCAGUCAUCUUUAUUUUUUUGUUAUAUAUAAUCAUAAGCGUGUAGUUACAGCUUCUUCAUUUUGUGUAGUAUAAUAAUUACACCGUAUAUAAUUAGAGGUUUUUCUUAAGAUGUAGAGUACUAUGUGCUUAAAUAAUACGGAGUACUCCCUCCGUCCCUAAAUUAAC